AUGGCUUUUUUCUGCCCGAACUGUCACAACAUCAUUCUGGUACACAUUGAAAAUGGUGUGUACUUUUACUGCAAAACAUGUAACUUCAAAUAUAAAAUAAAAAAUAAAAUAUACAACAAGUUGGAAUGCAAAGAAUAUAACAAGACCAUUCCUUUGGAUGCCGUGGAUAUGAACAACAAGAACAUGUCCAAAACGCAAGCCAUUUGCCCAAAGUGCACAAAUGACGAGGCGUACUUUUACAGUUUGCAAAUCCGAUCUGCUGAUGAACCUAGCACCCUUUUUUACAUUUGCAUAAAAUGCAACUACCACUGGAAGGAGUAA